AUGCCUCACCCCCCCCCAACGCGGGCAGGUUGUUUCUGGAGCGUCGAGUUGGCCUACCAACGCGUCCCAGGUGUCCUGGAAACGGAGGUGGGCUACACCGACGGUCACAAGAAGGACCCGACGUACCAGGAGGUGUGCUCGGGAUCGACGGGCCAUGCCGAAGCCCUCCGCGUCAAGUUUGAUCCGCGUGUCGGUGAGGUUAUGUCGUGAGGACCAGUUGUUAGUUGAACGAGACAUUGGCUUCUUGGGAAGAUGGAGGGGGGGCGUACUCUUAUGUUUUGCAUGCCGUAGUGGUUAGACCAUUGACCGCGCGUCCUCGAGAAGAGCAUUGUUCCCACAGGACCAUCACCGAUGGCCAAUCGGUCCUUUGAACACUGCGCCCCGGUGGUCUAUUUAUAGUGGUAUCCUCGUAAUCCGCUAGUCGCAGAGGUCGUGAGUUCGAAUCCCCAUGGGGUGAAAAAUUUACGAAAUUUGCGGGUGAAAGCGAAAUAUAGCUUACAAGCUCUCGUGAGUACCAAACUUCGACGUUAGCACCGUUGACGAGGGAAAGGGACGGCUGGACCCUUUUCGCGAUGAAAAUAAAAUUCAACACGAACCGCAGGAGGAAGGUGGGGCAUGAAAAGAAAUUAAAAGAAGAAAAAAGCCCUGGUGUUUACCCCCU